GGACUACUGGCCUUAGAGGGAGAGCUGACUCCUAUUCUUGUCCAGAUGGUAAAAAGUGCUAAUAUGAAUGGUCUGUUGGACAGCGACAGUGAUUCUUUAAGCAGCUGUCAGCAUCGUGUUAAAGCAAGACUCCAUGAAAUUCUCCAGAGAGACAGAGAAUUUACUGCUGACGACUACGAUAAGCUCACUCCAUCUGGAAGCAGCUCAUUGGUAAAAUCAAUGCAAGUUAUUAAAAAUCCUGUACAGACAUGUGACAAGGUCUAUUCUUUGAUUCAGAGCUUGACUUCUCAGAUCAGGCAAAGAAUGGAAGACCCAAAGUCUGCAGAUAUUCAGCUAUACCACAGUGAAACACUAGAAUUGAUGCUGCGCAGGUGGGCCAAGCUGGAAAAAGACUUUAAAACAAAAAAUGGAAGAUAUGAUAUUAGCAAAAUUCCUGAUAUUUAUGACUGUAUAAAAUAUGAUGUGCAGCACAAUGGCUCCUUAAAAUUAGAAAACACAAUGGAAUUAUACAGGCUUUCAAAGGCUUUAGCUGACAUUGUGAUCCCUCAGGAAUAUGGUAUUUCUAAGGCUGAGAAACUAGAGAUUGCCAAAGGUUACUGCACCCCUCUGGUUAGAAAAAUCCGUUCUGACCUUCAGAGAACUCAAGAUGAUGAUACUGUAAAUAAGCUUCACCCUCUUUACUCCAGGGGUGUUAUGUCCCCUGAACGCCAUGUUCGUACACGGCUGUAUUUCACCAGUGAGAGUCAUGUCCACUCCUUGUUAUCCACCCUUCGUUAUGGUGCCUUAUGUGAUGAAUCAAAAGAUGAACAAUGGAAACGAGCUAUGGAUUAUUUAAAUGUUGUCAAUGAACUCAAUUACAUGACACAGAUUGUUAUCAUGCUUUAUGAGGAUCCAAACAAGGAACUUUCUUCGGAAGAACGUUUUCAUGUAGAGCUGCACUUUAGUCCAGGAGCCAAAGGCUGUGAGGAAGAUAAAAAUUUACCAGCUGGAUAUGGAUACAGACCUGCCUCCAGAGAGAAUGAAGGCUCGAAGAAAACCUCUCAUAGAAAUGAUAGUGAUGAGGAGGCACAUGCUCCUAAAAGAGAUGAAGCAGAUCGGUCAGUAGUGAUGUUCAAGCCAAUGGUAUCAGACCCAAUUCACAUACACAGAAAGUCACCCCUUCCAAGAUCCAGGAAGAUUGGUUCUGUUGAAGAAGAGAGCCCCCUGAGUGUGUCUAGCCCAGAGUGUAUUGGUACCUGGCUGCAUUACACCAGUGGUGUGGGUACUGGGCGUCGAAGACGCAGAUCAGGGGAACAAAUCACUUCUUCCCCUGUCUCCCCUAAAUCAUUGGCUUUCACAUCCAGUAUUUUUGGCUCAUGGCAACAGGUCCUAUCAGAAAGCAAUAGUAAUUUACGAACACCGAGAACUAUUCUGGAACAAAAGCAGAGUGGUCUAGGGUCUCACUGUGCGGGCCUGUUUAGCACCUCAGUGCUCGGGGGUUCUUCAAGUGCACCUAACCUACAGGAUUAUGCUCGUACUCAUCGUAAAAAGCUGACUUCUUCUGGCUUCAUAGAUGACACCACACGCGGUUCUGCUGUUAAAAGGUUUUCUAUCUCAUUUGCUCGACACCCAACCAAUGGUUUUGAACUAUAUUCCAUGGUGCCUUCUAUUUGUCCUUUGGAAACCCUACAUAACUCCUUGUCUCUGAAGCAGGUGGAUGAAUUUCUUGCCUCUGUUGCUGCUCCAUCAAGGGAAAAUCUACAGGAGACAUCUUCUCCAACUUACAUGAUUCCACUGUCAGGAAGAAAAAUUUCUUUAAAUACAUAUACCCCUGCAAAAAUUCAACCAACACCACUUGAAACUUUGCCUGAAAGGCUAGCAAUAGAGAAACCAACCUUAUCUACUCCUGCAUCUUCUGUUUGUGGAUCUAAUGUUAAGCUAUCUCUUGAAGAGGCCUCGCUAGAUCGAGACCUUCGUGGUGAAACUCUUUCUGAGAAGAAAUGA